UUCCUUCUGUCACCCGCUUGGGGACAAAGUUUGGGAAUAAAGGGAGGGUUUCCCGGGCUGGUUUCGGAAAGGAAGGAGGGCUGAGGAAGGGAAACGCCACCGCCUGCUUCGUGGAGCCCCGUUUCCUGCGUGCCGCGCUCCCAGCUCCGCUCCUUGCUGGGAUGAUGCUCGUGCGGGAGCUUGCGGCGAGGCUCCGGGCUGCACCGCGGGGCUGCAGCCGCCAGACAUGAGUCUCCGAGGUCUUGUCACAGACUAGCCUCGGUUCAAACCAGAGAAGUCCGAUUCUUGAGGUCCUGAAGGAUGCGAAUAACUUAGCGUUCUGUGUUGCGGGACCUACCUGGGCACAGCUGUCUCCUGGAGAAGCAGCCUGAGGAACCAACCCGUCGUACGUCGUGUUAUUUACACCGUUUGCAAGUCUGUUCUGCAGCCUCCCUGUCUGCAAGGAGUGUCAAAAUAGCAUCUUUUGUUUCUGUUGGUAGAGCAAGCCAGGUGGACACUCACUAGAGGGACCAGCCCCCGUUUCAUAUCUCGCUGAGGGGACUAUGGUGGCAGGAAGAUGUUGGCUCGGAAGAGUAUCAUCCCUGAAGAGUAUGUGUUAGCACGGAUCGCUGCUGAGAACCUGCGCAAGCCGCGCAUCCGAGACCGGCCACGCAAAGCCCGCUUCAUUGCCAAGAAUGGGGCAUGCAACCUGGCACACAAGAACAUCCGUGAGCAGGGGCGAUUCCUGCAAGAUAUUUUCACCACCUUGGUGGACCUGAAGUGGCGUCACACAUUGGUCAUCUUUACUAUGUCCUUCCUGUGCAGCUGGCUGCUCUUUGCUAUGAUGUGGUGGCUGGUGGCUUUUGCCCACGGCGACAUGGACCCAAGCACAGAAAACACUACAAACAGCACGAAAUGGGCACCAUGUGUGACGUGUGUUAGGUCUUUCACCUCUGCUUUCCUCUUCUCCAUUGAAGUUCAGGUGACCAUUGGUUUUGGGGGUAGAAUGAUGACAGAGGAAUGUCCUUUGGCCAUCACAGUCUUGAUCCUGCAGAACAUCGUGGGUCUGAUCAUUAAUGCUGUCAUGUUGGGCUGCAUAUUCAUGAAAACUGCACAAGCUCACAGGCGGGCUGAGACUUUGAUUUUCAGCCGGCAGGCAGUCAUUGCAGUUCGAAAUGGCAAACUUUGCUUCAUGUUUCGAGUGGGAGACCUGAGAAAGAGCAUGAUCAUUAGUGCCUCAGUGAGAAUUCAGGUUGUAAGGAAGACUACGACCCCUGAAGGAGAAGUCAUACCCAUUCACCAAGUAGAUAUCCCUGUGGAUAACCCCAUUGAAAGCAAUAAUAUUUUUCUUGUGGCUCCCUUAAUUAUUUGUCAUGUCAUAGACAAGCGGAGUCCUCUUUAUGAUAUCUCUGCUUCCGACCUGGCACUCCAGGACCUGGAGCUCAUUGUGAUACUUGAAGGAGUCGUAGAAACGACUGGCAUCACAACACAGGCCAGAACCUCCUACAUAGCAGAGGAGAUCCUCUGGGGUCACCGCUUUGUGCCUAUUGUCACUGAAGAGGAAGGUGUGUAUGCAGUUGACUACUCCAAGUUUGGCAACACUGUCAAAGUGGCAGCACCGCGUUGCAGCGCUCGAGAGCUUGACGAGAAGCCAUCCAUUCUCAUCCAGACCCUGCAGAAGAGCGAGCUGUCCCACCAGAACUCCCUGCGGAAACGCAACUCAAUGAGAAGAAACAAUUCCAUUCGGAGGAGCAACUCCAUGCGGAGAACCAAUCCCUCCCUCAUGGUGCCCAAAGUGCAGUUUAUCACACCUGAGGGGAGCCAGAGUGCCUCAGAAACAUGAUACGCAGCUUUUUGUGAGGCUGGUGGCCUAUGGAAGGAGGAGGCAGCUGGGGUGUUUUGUUUAAAUUUUCUUUUGCUUAAAAAUAUGAGAGCGCAAUGCAGAAAGGAAGCAUGCAAGAACUAUUUAUUCUAAUACUUACUGAAAGCACCACCUAAUGGCAUUAGAAAACACUUUAGCACUUAGUGUAUGAGUUAAUAUAAAAUGGCACGUACACCAAAGAAAACACAGCUCACUCUUGUAAUAUAACGUGUAUUUAUUCUUGGUUUAAUGUCGUUCUAAUUUUUUAAAUCAUGUUUUCCCUGUCAAGGGUCUCUUUCUUAUCUUUUACUGCUGGCUGUCACAAAAUGUGGUUUUUUCUGUGUUAGUGGGUUACCCACCUGCAGGCAGAAAUGAGUGUUUUUUCAAAACUGCUGUGUACAACAGCUCCUACAGAUUUUGUAGGGGAUAUUUGGAUAUCGAUCUUUUUGGGAUGAAUUUCUUGUUCUUUUGAAAGGGGUAGCUGAAUUCCUCAAUGAUUUCACUGGAGAAGAGUGUAAGCUAGGAUUUCAUCUUCGGUUUUCUGUAUAUCUUCUUUCAAUUUAUUUGUUGCAAAGGCAUUCUGAGAGCAAAUUCAGGUCAACUGAAGUGACCUGACCAUCCUAUGGGAAAACUGGUGCCGCUCUGGGCAGCACUGGCAGAAGAACCAGCAAAAUGACGUUCCCUCUUGCAGAGCACUGCUCUUCUUCUCAGGGUGAGGUACUUUGCUGCGGGACAGCAUGCAUCUGUAGCAUAGCUGUAGCCCAAGCUAAGAAACUCUGAUCCUCCAAGCAACUAAGCAUCCAUUUCACUGAAAUUACUCAAACAAAAAAACACGUGCAUCUUUAACAUCCUCCUCAUAUUGGUGGAAGAGCAAAUGCUGUUUUAUUUUCUCUUUUAGAUUCAUAUACUGAAGGCAACACAUAUACUUUCUUCGCUUAUGGUAUUUUUUGUAGGAUUAAGUAUGUUUGCUUCAGCAAAAGGUUGCGUUUUACUGGUGGGAAUUCGUGAAUGGGAGUGAGAGGAAACCUUGCCUAUAAUAUUAAAGACAGUAUUUUCAAAGCUAUUUGAAUAAUUUUCAGGGGGACGUGGAUGCUGCUACUGAAUUACUGCUUUUUCAGCAAUGUCUCACCCAUGUUUUUAUAUAACAUGCAUUGAGAAUUGGUGGUAAGCAGCUUUUCUCUUCAAAUUAAAGUGGGUGUUUGUAAUCUAGGUCCUUCAAAAAAAUGUCAUCAAAAGUUUUUUUACAAGAAUAAAUAAAUGCAUGACAACUAAUUGUAUCAUAUUUGGUAGUGCUAAAUUGAUACAUGCUUUUUUCCCCUCUGUGAAUAUGAAGUGUAAUUAUAAACAAAUUCCUGUUCAAAUUUCUUACUAGAGUUGCCUUGCAUCUGUGACUCAAGAGAAGAACUAUCUCUGUGCUGAUGCUCUGAGCCACUCAACCACUUGAUUACUUUUAUAAUUUUAGAUAUCAAAAAGCAGUGCUGGAUUCUCAUUCUUUUUGGAAUUCAGUCCAUCAGCACUAGUAUGGAUGGUUUGCAGACUUGAGUGGUGACAUGGAGGGACAUUUCUCUGCAGUGUAGGCUCCCUACAUUUGAAGCAGGUGCUCUUCAGAAAAUAAACACUGACAAAAUACUUCAUCUGAAGCUGUAGCGGAAACUGAAGUUUCUGCUAAGAGCUUUCAUUGCCUGGCCAGACCAUUGAUGUUCUGGAAGGAUGGAUGGUGAACAUCCAGAGAUAUUCAUCUGUCCAUUGUGUUUCCAAAAAAUGAAUGUUUUCACCUUCCAAGAAGAGUCAAAUUUAAAUAUAUACAAUUUGUUUCUGGCCUCCGUUUUGAGGGUUGUGAACUUCUUUGAGGCUGUGUGUUUGAUAAAUAGUUAAAUCAGAUGCUGUACAAAAGCAAAUUUUCUACAAAAUAAAAGUGACAAUAAUGAUUUUUUCUGUCUCUGUUUUUUCCCU